AUGUCAACUUCACUUCAGUUGUCUAAGGGUGAUAAUUUCACAGAAGACGCAAAAUUGCUCCCAAACGAACAGGAGUGCGCCGGGUUCAAAGUGGACUUACUUGCUGGACACACUUCAAGCAAGGCACAGGAUUUUGAUAGCGAUUCUGAAACUUCAAGUGAGGAUGAUGAAGAAGAUGAUACCAGUGAUGAUGAACGGAAAAUUGCAAACAACCCUGUUUUAAAAGAAAGGCUACGGCACCUGGACAAGUAUGCGUCUUCCUUCCGUUACGAUGCUGGACCACCGCCUACUGAUCCCGGUGUUACUACCUAUAAUGAAGAUGUAGCCGUCGAUUACAGACGCGUUGCAUCUGUUGACGCGGGGCCACACGGCCAACUACUUCAUGAAUCCCUCUCUAUGCAAAAUUCUCUUGGAACCGCUGUGUCAAACGCAAUUCCUGCGUCUAUGCCCUCUGAAAAGAACCCUGUACUCUCAUAUAGCGUGCAAUCUAUCGGUGGUGGCCUAGACACAUCUCUUGUCGAUGGACAGGAGUGUCGGUCCAUGCCUUUGGCUAUGGGCUUUUCAGGAACGAAUUACGAAAACCAUCCCUCAGUCAAUUCAAACUGUGAUAACUCAGUCGCUGGUGACUCUGAAGAAUACGAGUGUGAGCUCUGUGGUGCCAUCUAUACUAACAGGUCGUCACUUCGAAGUCACCUUAAGAAGCAUGCGGGUCAAAUUACAAAAAGACAUCAAUGUCAGCAUUGCUCCUAUUCUACACAAUAUGGCAAAAACCUCCUGAAGCAUAUUGAGUCCACGCAUGUUGAAGCAGGUGACGGCAAACACCACUGCGAAUUAUGCAACCUUAAUUUUCCCAAUGAAAUGCAGUUGCGAAAUCACGAGCAGACCCACAGUGGAAUGAGUAAUUAUCAGUGUGAGGAAUGUGGUCGUACUUUUAAGACGAAGCUUCGCUUGAAAUACCAUGCCGAUAUACAUAAUCCCAGAAAGCCUUACAUCUGCGAUGUUGAAGGGUGUGAUCGAGCUUUUCGCACUCCGAAAUAUCUUAAAAAUCAUCGUGAUGAGUUUCAUCACAUGCAACCCAAGCAAUACCCUUGCCCGAUUGACGGAUGUCUUCUCGUGUUUCAUCGAAAAACUCACCUCAAGCGCCAUGUUGCAACGCACGAUGAUUCCGAAAAGAAGUUUCAUUGCACUUGGCCUGAAUGUCAGCGACGCUUUCGGACAAAGGAAUCACUGGACCUUCACUACAACAAGCACACUGGCGAAAAUCCAUUCCAUUGUGAUCUCUGCUCCUUCACCUGCCAGGAGAAGGGUAUUCUGACCGAACACUACCGUCAGAAGCACUCUAAAACCUCAUCCACUGCUGCCGCCGCUGGUCUGAUGUCGCCCGGCUCCAAUCCCUUCGCCGCCCUCCACCGCCCACUCCCUCCUCCUCCCGUACUUCAGACCACCGCAGGUGGCGGGAUCUUACCCGCCUCCGGUUCUGAAAUCAAUGGGGCCCUAGGUUCUAUCGACAAAGAUGAGUCUUUAGAACUUUUCUCACCGAACUCCCCUUCUGUCGGGCAGAGCAAAAACGCCUUCCAGAUAACUUGCACCACUUCCUCCACUUCCAUGCCGCAUUCCGCCCCCUCCUCUGCCUCACCUGGACAACAGAACCUUGUCGGUGACCCCAACAACACCACGGCACACAUUCUCCCCUCCCUCCUUGCAGUUCUAGAAAAAACCUCCGGUUUGGACCCCAAUGCACCUGAAUCGGAGGCCGCGCGCGAGUAUGCCCGCUCUCUUCUCCCUCCCUUCGCGACCGGUGAGGCGUUGGCUGAGAAUGUUAAUAUGGCCAUCGACGAAGUAAUCGUCAGUUUGGAGGAUCAGCCAAUUCAUGUGGUGCACGCAGUGUUCGCUUCCAGUCGUGCCCUCACUUCUGACGAACUUCAUAUGGUUGAGUCGUUAGAGAACCAACUGACCGGCAGUUCCGGCGCUCCGCUCGUAGCUCCAGCCCCGCCACGAAAACGCGGGCGACGACCAAAGCUACAGCAAUUGCUACAGCCCCAUCUAGAACGUCUCUACAACCUAGAGCCUUGUAUUGCCGAGGCAAUGGCUGUUCACUUGGUCUCUCGGCAUAGCCCUCAUCUACCAGCCUAUGCAAAUAAGGAUCCUUCGACGCGAGGCCGUGGUCGGGGUCGAGGCAGAGGUCGUGGACGUGGCCGAGGCCCUGAUGGCGUCCAUUGGCUUCCUGAUAUUGAUGAAGGUGGUGGCUACGACAGCGGUUGUGUCUCUCCUCGUGGUCAAUAUAUUGGAGCAGUUCGACGGGGUGGUCCUGGUUCCCGUGGCGGUCGUGGACGUGGAGCUUACAAAAUCCAAGUAAUGGAUUACUCAUUGUCUCGACAGUUUGGUGAAAGACGUGAGGAAGAAGAUGAUGAUGUGGAAGGUGACGAGGAGAAUGAGGAAGACGAGAUUGAUGAUCGACGUUACGGUGAAGGAGUGGAUGACACUGAUCCCUCCGCUCAGCUCCGCAGAACUCAAAACUACUCGCGUCAGAAGUUGUUGAAUGACUCGGAGGUGGAUGAUGAACAGGAGUUAGAUAACUUGGGUGUGGAUGAAGAAAUGCCUGAACAGGAUCAGUAUGAUCAUGACGCAAUAGAUGACCAGUCAGUGGAUCUAAGAAAGACGGCAUACGCGAGAACCUCAGGAACACCGAUGCGUCCUCUCAGUAUGUAUCCCAUGGGCACGGCGGUAAAUCACCGUUUUGAAGGGCGCAGUCGUGACGGUCUGGGUGAAGUGCUGGAAGACCUCGGAUGCAUAGCAAGGCGUAGUGCCGUGGCCAAGAGAGAAACGUCCCUCUACCCACCGGUAGACGUAGCGGAGCAGCGUAACGGUGAGGUGGAUGUCUGUUCACGAAGGAGCUCAGCCGCGGCUACACCUUCACACGGACCUGUUCCACUACCCUCCAUGGCCGCACUAGCUUCCAGUUCAACAUCACCUGCAGAUCUUGCUUCCGGCUCAGGUAGAGCAAAUCAUGGCCAGAUCGGACCUGCAUCAGCUGCUAGCGCAUCCACGAUGUCACCACUUGUUGGUGGACUAGGAGGAACGAAUCAACGUCCACCCAGUCGACCUCUGGCUCACCAGACAAGCGUUCCCGAAUGUUCUCAAGUCACUUCUCCGAUUCUACAUUAUCCACCCUCCUCCGCUGGCAUGCACUGUAAUCCCCCGUCUGUGGGUGGUCUUGGCGGCAUGGGUCCCUGGUCCGAGUCCAGCUAUGGUUCUUCCAGUCAGGAGGCCUACAAGCAAGCACCGCCCAAUGUGUUCCUUCACACCUCCCCCAACACCACCUCGCUGCAGUAUCGCCAGCAACAGCGACAACAGCAGCACCAAGGAAGUGUCUCCCCGGAGUUCCAUCACCUUCAACGUGAACAGCUCAUGCCUUCCAACUCACCAUCCCAAAGAAUGCUCUCUUCCAAUCCCUACCUGGCACAUCAACAGCAACAGCAGCAUCAUCAGCAGGCUACACCACCUUCUAUGCCUGCCACUGGUGAUGCCGUGGAUCACCUACGUUCGCUCUCAGCCCUGGGCGCCAAAUAUACCCAAUCGCUCUCCGAACCCAUCGAUUUGGGCGAGCAGAGGGAAACUCACGCCAUGCCUCUACCCAUGCUCGGCUCUGGCUGCGGAAUGCCUCCUACUUCCCUUGGCAGUCUCCUCUCUGGUAAGACACUAAAGACUCCUCUAGCCACACCAGCCAUGGGUGUUGUCGUUGUUUCUCGCGCUGAACUGUGGACAAGGUUUGCCACCUCCCCUGUUCUCUCUCUCCCACUUGCACGACCAAUUAGGCAGCCCACGCUCUGGCACUGCGCCCUCCCUCCAUCACCUUCCCUCACGCUUGCCUAUCCACCCAAGCCGCCCACUCACACCCUUGCUCCCCCCACCCCCUCCGACUGCCCUAUCCUCCCGCCUCCACUCCCCUUUGCGUGUCCCGACGAGUGUUUGUCUACCCACAGCUGUGCGGCGGCAGCCGUGCCUUCAUGCAUGCCUGCUUGCACGCACGCACGCACUCACGAAGUCCUAGCAGCGAUUUCAACUCUGGUCCACGUCACUGUAAUUGGUUGA